CACUAGUCGCAGAGGAUUGUGGGUACUUCCGGGUGUCAGAGCGGUAACACGUGCUGAAAGCGGAAACAGAAACUACUUCUUUACUCUUUAGAGCCGCAGAGAUGGACUCUAAAGCGGAGCCGCUGAAGCGGUUCAUCUGCUCGGUGACCGGCUGCCCGGCGGCUUAUAACAAACAGUGGAAACUGGACGCUCAUCUGUGUAAACACACCGGAGUGAAGCCGUUCAGCUGCGACUGCGGGAAGUCCUUCUGCAGCCGCUACCACCUGACCAGACACCAGCUCAGCCACAGCGGGGACAAACCCUUCCUCUGCUCCGUGGACGGCUGCACGGAGGCUUUCACCACCAACACCAACCGGGCACGGCACGUUAACCGCGUCCACACCGGGCAGCAGCACCGGAACUACGUCUGCAGGUUCGAGGGCUGCGAGCUGCAGUUCAAGAAGAAGGAGCAGCUGAAGUCCCACAUGUGUGAGCAGCACACCCAGCUGCCUCCAUACCAGUGCUCUCAUGAAGGCUGCCAGAUGCGCUUCAGCGUCCCCAGCAAGCUGAAGAGACACCAGAAGGUGCACAGAGGUUACCCCUGCAAGGAGGAAGGCUGCAGCUUCACGGGGAAGACCUGGACGGAGUACCUGAAGCACAGGAAGGAGCAGCACCGGCUCCUCUUCCAGUGUGAGCAGUGCAGCAAGGUGUUCAGGGACUCCUGGUUCCUGCAGCAGCAUCAGCACGUCCACGCCGACACCCGGCUGGUCCUCAAGUGCCCCAGGGAUGGCUGCGACAGGUCCUUCACCACCAUGUUCAACCUGCAGAGCCACGUCGGCUCCUUCCACGAGGAGCUGCGGCCCUUCGCCUGCACGCACCCGGGCUGCGGGAAGACCUUCACCAUGAGGCAGAGCCUGCAGCGGCACAGCAUCGCCCACGACCCGCAGAGGAAGAAGCUCAAGAAGCCCAGACCCAAAAGAUCUCUCGCUUCCAGGUUGAGCGGCUUCAGUGAAACGAAGACAGUGGUCGUCGAUAAGCGCAGGCGGUCCGAAUCCCUCAGAGAGUCUGCACAGACGGAGACGGAUCCACCCGGUCCUGUUGAGUUGGUGUCCCUCCUGCAGGACACGUCCCUGCUGUGCAGCCCUGCUGUGGACACACAUGGACUUACUAAUGCCCUGACUACACCUCUGACAGUCUAAUAGAAAGAAUCCACACCAGCAUUAUGAGGACUGCUCUUGAUUUAAGAGCAUUACUAGCGGGGCAGUAAGCAACACAUUUGGCACAGAUGUAGGUUUAUAUGAUAUGAAAAGAUAUAGAUAUCGGGGCGCUGCAAAUUUGGCCCCUGAGGGCCGUGGCGGCCAUUUUUCAAAAUGUCUUAAUAUUCCUUAAAUGUUGCAGAAAACUGAUUUUAUGACUGUUGAUGAUUUCCAUGGUGUGUUCAUGCUGAUUAGGAAAAGUAAAUAAAAGGAGCAUGGCCACUUCAGGGGCAAACUUCACCCCCUUGCCUUCAAGAUAGAACGACAAUAUACCCAAAGAACGGCAAGAUCUUCAGCUCUCUAUCGGUGCAUUUCUCUUUUCAUUAGCAGUAAAAUUGACAGAGAUAUCGCCGGAUAAAGUUCAGAACUGAACAGAAUUGAUUGAAGUUUGACCCCAAAGUGCUCCUUUUUUUAGUUUUUCUCAGGUCAAAAGCUUUUAAAAGCACCCUUAAAGGUCCCAU